AUGAAGAUUACCUUAACACUCAUCGCCACGCUGUUGGUUCUUGUUGUAUAUGGAGAACCUGAUGUGAACAUGACAGUUGCACCACUAGACCUUGAAGAGGCCAAGAAAGAAUUGACCGAAAUUAUCAACUUAAUACCGCGAGACAACAUUACUGCAAUUGUCAACUACCAUUUAGCAAACGACGACGGCUUCAAAGCUGCCAUUCUUCACAUGCAGACACCAGAAUUUAGAGCUUUGGUGGACAGCAUUAGAGCCAAUCCCAAGUGGAAGGCCUUCAAAGAUGCUGUCAGAGCAUUCGGAUUUGACGUUGACCAAUUGAUUGAAUGCACCAGAACCUUCAUAGAAGAUUCCAAGGUAGGCGAUGUUGACCCAAGUGCAAAGAAAAGCCUUGCAUCUUUCAUAAGAGACAUAGAAGAGGUCAUCCCAGUAGGGCAGAUGUUGAUGACCUUUGCCAAGAAGAAGAACCUUCAGAGUUUCAUACAGCAUAUGUCAACUAACGGGACUAAAGAGAAAGUCAUGGAUGUGCUUAAGGUCCCAGAGGUGAAGAAGUACAUUGAGGAGUUGUCGGAUAUGGGACUGGAUGUUCAAGAUAUGUUGUCACUCCUGUUUGCAGGUUUGGGUUGGGGAAAUCUUAAGAUGCCAUAGAUAUUUGUUUUGUUGUGUUGUUCACUGGUGGUUGUUAUUUAAUAUUUACGUUGUUUACUUUCAAUAAACGGUAUAUUUACGUUUUCGUUAGUUAUAAGACUUAGACACGGAGAUAAUCCACGUUGCAGCUGCGGAAAUACACGAGUCUUACAGAACCUCACAUUAGAAUAUCCAAAUUUUACUAGAGAACAUACCGAAUUGUAUAAAAUUUCAUCGAACCACCUUGGUCUUGAAAUUUAGACUUGGUUCUCAGGUCUGAGAACCAGCAUUGUCAAAAAAUAGCCGUAACCAUAAGAUGUAAAUAAGUUUCUCUCCAAAAAACGAAUGUGAAAUAAAAAUUGAAGAAAAAAU